AUGACUAUCAAAGAAAACCUUUCAUGUAAAUCUGAAAAUUUAGAAAAAGCAAAGUGGAGCAAUCCAAAUGAUACCAAACUGCUACUUGACAUUUGUAUUGAUGAGAUUCGAAAGUGUGGGAAACCGGGAACUAGUUUUAGGAAUAAGAUAUGUGCAGAGAUACGUGAAGCAUUCAAUAAAGGUGCUGAUAAAAAAUAUAGUCAAAAACAGUUGAAAAAUAGAAUGGAUAAUUUGAAAAUUGAUUGGACCACUUGGAAGCAACUAAAGGGUAAAGAAACAGGCUUAGGAUGGAAUUCUCAAAUAGGAACUAUUGUAGCUGAUCCUACAUGGUGGGAAGCUAAAAUCAGGGAGAAUGCAAAAUAUGCAAAAUUUCGAUGCCAAGGAUUAGAAUUUCGUGAAGAAUUGGAAAUUAUAUUUGGGGAGACUGUGGCAACAAGUCAAUACCAAUGGACACCGGCUUUAGGGGUACCAUUAGAAUCUAAUGGCAAAAAUACUAUUGAUGAUGUGUCACUAGAAAAUAUUGAAUCUGAUGAUGAUGACGUUAUUCUUGUGGAAAAUACCCAAUCAAAAAAGAAAAGAAAGGUUUCCUCAGAUAUGGGUGAGAAAGGGACAAAGGUUAAGACAAAGGUUGCGACUGCAACAACUACGAGAAGCACAUUUGAGCGAUUAGUUCAAGCAGCGGAAAGUCACAAUGAAGUUCAGAAAGCUGAAAUUGCGGCUGAAGAUUUUGCCUCAACAGCGGCUACAUCUCAUGUUCAUGGACAAUACUCAAUUACUGAUUGUGUUAACAUAUUGAAAAGUUUAAAGGAGGAAGGACUUUUGGAUGGUCAACAAUUUAGUUAUGCUUUAGAGAUGCUUAAAGAUGAAAGUAAUAGAAUCCUAUUGAUGUCCUUAAAAGAUUCUAUGAAUGCUUUGGUAGACUGGCUUUUAUAUAAAUAUAAGUGA